GUUCUUUGGUGUUCGUUCCUCUGCGCGACUCUUGGCCACGUUUGUCUAGAAUGGCAGCUAACAAGAUCCUGCUCCUGACGGCGACCUUGGCGGUGCUGGCGGCCCUUGCUGUAGGAUUCCCUCAGCUAAUCGAUCCUCAGGCCACUAUUCCCCGUUACGAGUUCGGCUACGACGUCAGCGCCCCCGAGUACGGCAACGACUACGGCCACGCUGAACGGCGCGACGGCCUCUCCACCUCCGGCCAGUACCGCGUCCUCCUGCCCGACGGCCGCGUGCAGAUCGUGUCCUACACCGUGAAUGGCGAUUCCGGAUACGUCGCUCAGGUGUCCUACCAGUGAGGGACGCGUCGAAGGAUUCAGCCAAGGAGACGAAGGAGGAUGUCCAAUCCGACGACGAUGACGACGACGGUGAAGCGAUGAGAGUCCUGCGGGAGGGAGCGCGUCCUGCCUCGGAUGUCGGCGUGCCCCUUGUCUAGUCCACUUCUGUUCGCCGUCAUCCGAUUGUUCUCUGUCGCUCACGCCCACUUCUUUGAAUCAUUCGAUGGUCAUAGAUGAGGUAUAUUUUCUUUAAAUUUCUACAGGAUUAUUCAAAUUUUCGAGUUUGUGUCUUUGUCUGAAGUCCUACAUAUUGUCAAAAUAAUACUUCAUUUUGAUUUGUCGAUUUUACAUAUGAAAAAAUAGUCAUAAACUUACAUGAUAUGACCACAAUGAUUCGGUUGAGUGUUUUGUAUAUCUUUCAUUAGAAAAUUCAGGGUAAAAAAAUCAAAAUAAAGAUAACAAAAAUAAAAAAGGACAAAUUAUAAAAUCAAUAAAUAAGAAAAUAUAAUUUCCUAGCACAUGUACUCUAUCGAUAGUCCGAAUUAUAUCUUUUAUAAAUACUUUUUUUUUCAUAGAUCAAGGUUCUUUCAGAGAGAGUUACUUUAAUCAGCCUAUGUCAUGAAGCCAUCACAAAAUCUGUGCCAUUUGCCAUCACGACAUUGUAACAUUUCUCCUUUUGAUAAAUAAGUUCCAAAGCA